CGCACACGCAUCAGCUGCUCUGCUCCACGAGCCACACGGAGAAGUGUCCUUGUCAUCUACAGGAAGUGUCCUUGUUGUCUACAGGAAGUGUCCUUGUUAUCUACAGGAAGUCCCCUUGUCUACAGGAAGUGUCCUUGUCGUCUACAGGAAGUGUCCUUGUCAUCUACAGGAAGUGUCCUUGUCGUCCACAGGAAGUGUCCUUGUCGUCUACAGGAAGUGUCCUUGUCGUCUACAGAAAGUGUCCUUGUCGUCCACAGGAAGUGUCCUUGUCGUCCACAGGAAGUGUCCUUGUCGUCUACAGGAAGUGUCCUUGUCGUCUACAGGAAGUGUCCUUGUCGUCCACAGGAAGUGUCCUUGUCGUCUACAGGAAGUGUCCUUGUCGUCCACAGGAAGUGUCCUUGUCGUCUACAGGAAGUGUCCUUGUCGUCCACAGGAAGUGUCCUUGUCGUCUACAGGAAGUGUCCUUGUCGUCCACAGGAAGUGUCCUUGUCGUCUACAGGAAGUGUCCUUGUCGUCUACAGGAAGUGUCCUUGUCGUCUACAGGCACAGAUUCAUCCAUUGUUGAUCCUUUGUUGCCACAUGGUCUGAUUUAAGAGGCGUGGUUGAUCCCGUUGCCACAGCCCAUGGAGGCCCUGGUCCUUUGUGGUGGUCUCCAUGGUUACCCUGUCGACCACUGGCAGCUCUUUGUGUGGUCCCCUCGCCGGCCUCUGACUCUGCUCUGUUCAGAGCCGCUCCGGAGCUCUGUGGUCCCCGAUGGAGACGUCAGCCGGUGGCCAGGCCCGGAGGAGGAGGCUGUGGGGGGGCUGGAGGCAGCAGCUCCUGGGCCUGUUUGAGAUCCAGCAGCAGCACGAGUUCUACAGCCUGACCUGCAUGAUGAGGGAGGGGCUGGCAGCCGCCUGCCGGCCCACCAAGACCUCGUCCCCUACCAAUGAGCUGACUGAUGAAGACUACAGGUCAGAGGUCACUCAGGUUCAUAAGGGCUUCACCAUGGCCUCCUAUGCGGGCCCCGUGUUCUCCAGCCUCAGGGCCUCUCUGCUGAUCCCUCAGCUGGACUACGAGCGCUCGCUCUGCUCAGAGAGGAACUACCUGCAGUUCAUCAGCAACUCCAAGAGCAGGGCGGACUUCUUCCUGACGAAUGAUAAGCGCUUCUUCCUGAAGACCCAGACCAAGAGAGAAGUCCAGUUCCUCCUGACCAACCUGAAGAUCUACAUGGAGCAUCUGAGGGAGUUCCCCCAUUCACUACUGGUCAAGUUCCUCGGUACACACACACACACACACACACACACACACACUAGGACUUCUGAGAUGUUUGAUUCUUCUUCUGUAGAACAUGUAUUGAUAUUGAUGUCAGAGUCUGUGUGACAGGUGUUUGGUCAUUGAGUGAGGUCCAAGAGACAGGUAGACGGGGUCCUAGAGACAGGU